CCAGCCUCUUCAGAUUCAAUGCUGCCUAUUUUACCCCCAACGGGCCACACUAUCUAUAGGUUUGAUUCUAAAUUGAAUAGAAAAUCAAACAAACAUUUCUUUCUUUGCGGGUGAUGGGAUAAUUCCGUAUACUCCGUCCAGAACACAAGGCAUCGGAUACUUGCACCGCACCACUGGAAAUUAAAACACUCCCUCUCUCUCUAUCUUGCCCCCAACUUCCCAAGUACAAACGCGGCCCGCUCCGGGCCCCAUUUUCAUCUUAAUAUUAUAGGAAAAAGUUACAAUAGGGUCCAUCCCUUCCCCUACCAUCUUAGUGUUUUAAUUUAUCAAGCAUUCCGGUCUUUCAUAACAUGGCCCGUUAUUGACAUCAUAUGGUGCAUGAUUAUGGUAACUAUCGGGUUGAUCAUUUAAUAAAUUGAAUAGAGAAAAAUAAAUGAAAAACGUAAAGCGGGUGUGAGGCGCGCCGUUCGGCCAUCGAAACGAUGACUAGUCUGCAGGGAUCGCUUAGCAGAUCGGGGCUUUUUUGCUCAGUCAGUGUGGGAUGGUUGUUCAACGGUGUGGGCCAGUGGGUGUGAUUUGGAGGCAAGAAGUCCCCAAAACGCCCCACUGUGUCAAAGUGAGCACCUUUCUGUCCGUCGGUUCCCCUGUUAGGCUAUUCUAGACGGCUUCCUCUCCUUCGAGGAUGUGAAUCCUGUUUUCGGAGGGACGAAAUAAAUAAUGAAAAAGAAAAAGUAAAAAAAAAAAAA